GCGCGCGAAUCGACCAACCAGUGUUCCGACUCGUGUGUGUUACGGAAAAUCUUGAACCGCAGAGCGCGGUGCUAGCGAAGUGAUCACCACCCCUUGUGAACCUUGACAUACGCAGCGCCUUAUCGUCACGCAACCAACCGUGGCAGGGUUGCUUCUGGUGCGUGAUAUCUUAUGUACUGGAAAGAGUGGCGGCGGCGGCGGAAAACAUAAGAAGUCGGUGAGGCAGUGAGCCGAAUUCCUGACGCCUGACGGCCCGGGUGAAAGUUGUGCAAGUGCAAAGGAUCGACCCGAUCGAUCCCGGUCGCAGUGGAUGAUCAAUCGAGAGUGAGCAACUCGCGAAAGCGUGCGAAACAGUUCUGCAAAAAACUGAGUGUCUUAAGCUCACUCUACGCGAGUGAAAGUUCCGAGCGAGGAUAUCCGGGGCGCACGUGGUGCAGUAGUAACUUUGUGACAAGUGACCGACAACAACCCCCCGCCGGCAGGCUGGGUGUUUGACACGUUCGUGAAAAGGAGCCCAGCAACAUGAGUUCCGGACGACCGGGAGGCGGCGGCGGAGGUGGUGGCGGUAGUUCCAUGGGACGGAUCGUCGACAAGAUCAAGCGCACGAUGACCAACGAGGGAGGAGAUGAGAUACGGGAUCCGCUGCAGUACGGUUACCAGCGGGUCAACACGGCCGAGGGAUCGCUGUCCACCUCGACGACCGCCACCAGCCUCGAUACGAUCGUGCUCGAUACGAACGCGGACGACCUGGCCAGCACACCUGCGGCGUCCCGCGGUCUAUCGCAGCACCAGCAGCAGCAGCAGCGCACGUUCAGCCCGAUCCUCGAGACCGACGACACGAAUCCGUUCCUGGAGCCGGUGGCCGAGAAAACGAAAUCCAAAUCGUCGCUCAAGGCGACGUCGCGCGUCUCGUUCGACCAGGAGGACGAUCAGUUCGACGAGGAUGAGAACAACUUCCGUAAACAGCGGGAACACUUUCAGAAGCACAAAAGCCACAGCACAUCGGAACACAAGACGCAGCUGAUAAAGGAACUGCGCCACCUACUGGCAACCGACAACCGGAGGCAGUUUCAGGGCAAGAAGCACAUGUCGCUGGAUGUGAAAAGCGCGAAAGUGCUGGAGCAGCUGCUAAAGGCAUCGUCGUCAUCGGAUGAUUUCGAGGUUCAGCGAAAACAGUUCCAGGAGCGCAAACACAAGAGUCUCGAUGCGCGGCACAUCUCCUUCAAGUUCGACAAGGAACCGUCGCCGUCCAGCAGCGACGACGAUUUCGAACCCUCGACCAGUCUGCUAAAGAUCGACGCCGACAUUACGAAGCCGGUCAUCAUUGACCUUAAGGAUCUUGAGUCCAGCGAUGAGGAGGAUUACAUCAGCUCCCGCAAACACUUCCAACAGUCCAAGUCCAUGAGCACCGAGUCGCGGAAAAGCAUCCGGUUCAUGGAGAUGGAAAUGGGCACGAAGGAGGAAAACCUGCGGACAGCCGUCCCGUUCGUGAGGCAGAUCACGGAGGAGGGCAAACCGAAGCUCGAAGUGUACCGGCCAACCACGAACCCCAUCUACAUCUGGACCCAGGUCCUGGCAGCGCUGUCCGUGUCGCUCGGAUCGAUGGUCGUCGGGUUUUCGUCCGCCUACACCUCACCCGCCCUGGUUUCGAUGCAGAACCGCAACAUUACAGCGUUCGAGGUCACGGAUCAAUCGGGCUCCUGGGUCGGUGGUAUUAUGCCACUGGCCGGUCUGGCCGGCGGCAUCCUCGGUGGGCCGAUGAUUGAGUAUCUCGGGCGCAAGAACACCAUCCUGGCGACGGCAACACCGUUCAUCAUCUCCUGGCUCCUGAUCGGUUGCGCAACGCACGUAGCAAUGGUGCUUGUUGGUCGUGCCAUGUCUGGACUGUGUGUGGGCAUCGCAUCCCUCUCGCUGCCGGUCUAUCUCGGUGAAACGGUACAGCCGGAAGUGCGCGGAACGCUCGGUCUGCUACCGACGGCGUUCGGUAACAUCGGCAUCCUGAUGUGCUUCGUGGCCGGCAAGUACCUCGACUGGUCCGGGUUGGCGUUUCUCGGUGCCGUCCUUCCCGUACCAUUCCUGCUGCUGAUGUUCCUCAUCCCGGAGACGCCCCGUUGGUACGUGUCGCGCAAUCGCGAGGACCGGGCACGCAAGGCCCUGCAGUGGCUGCGUGGCCGCAAGGCCGAUGUCGAACCGGAGCUGAAGGGUAUCUCGAAGUCGCACCAGGAAGCGGAACGGCACGCGUCCAACAGCGCCAUGCUCGACCUGCUGAAAAAGGCCAACCUGAAGCCGCUGCUGAUCUCGCUCGGGCUCAUGUUCUUCCAGCAGCUGUCCGGUAUCAAUGCGGUCAUCUUCUACACCGUCAUGAUCUUCAAGAGUGCCGGCUCGACGAUCGACGAAAACCUGUGCACGAUCAUCGUCGGUGUGGUAAACUUCAUUGCGACGUUCAUCGCCACGUUGCUGAUCGAUCGGCUAGGCCGUAAGAUGCUGCUGUACAUUUCGGACGUGGCCAUGAUCAUAACGCUCAUGACGCUCGGUGGGUUCUUCUACAUGAAGAACAACGGCGAGGACGUGUCCCACAUCGGCUGGUUACCGUUGGCCGCGUUCGUCGUGUUUGUGCUCGGCUUCUCGCUCGGUUUCGGACCCAUUCCGUGGCUCAUGAUGGGAGAGAUUUUGCCGGGCAAAAUUCGUGGUUCCGCUGCGUCCGUCGCCACCGCCUUCAACUGGAGCUGUACGUUUGUCGUGACGAAAACUUUUGCCGACGUGAUCAGUACGAUCGGUACGCACGGUGCGUUCUGGAUGUUUGGCUCGGUCUGUGUCAUCGGUCUGAUGUUCGUCAUCGUGUACGUGCCGGAGACGCAGGGCAAGUCGCUCGAGGACAUCGAACGGAAGAUGAUGGGCCGCGUGAGGCGAAUGAGCUCGGUGGCCAACAUUAAGCCACUGUCGUUCAACAUGUAAAACACACGAGCGUCCCCAGGUUUGCGCAGCAACCCAGCCACGGUGGCCACCGUUGCUUCGAGAGAGGGUUUCCGGAAGCCAAAAAAUCCUGACCAAUUGGCACAUUGGAGUAAAAUGGACUAGAGAAUGUGAUAUGCGAUCCAAUAGAGAGUGCUGAGUGCGACGAGGCAAAGCUGACAGAAGUUUCGCUUCCCUUUCGGCCACCCUCCUUGCUCUCUGUGUGUUGGGCCGUUUUAAGGAAUCCUUACGGGGCACGGCUCAAGCCGGUCGACUCAGUGUCAGUGUUUCUUUUGCGUUUCUGAAAACAGAGCACGCUCGUUCGCUUGAAGCUAUCAGUCAGUGAUUAGAAAUAGGGCAAGCCAUGUUCGUGGUCGGGGUUCGGGAAAACACCGAACCGAAAACAGGGCAGCAGGACCACAAAUAAAUGUAAUCCUUGUCUUGCAAAGCGGACCACCAAAGUAAAAUAUUAUCGUAGGUAAGUGGCAGACAGUUAAGGUUUAACCUAAAUUAGGAAGGUGAUUCCGCGGGUCAAGCGGUCACCGGUAGUAGAGCGAGGACAGACAGGGUUGUUUUUUUUAUUUUGUAGAAAUGUUUUAGUUCCAGUUUUAGUUUCUUUUCUGCCUCUAACCAGCGGCCACCGGUGGGCCACCGGUGGCUCAUAAUGGCUCGGGCCCGCGAUGUAAAUAGUAUGUGACAGAUAGACACACUGAACACUGAAAUUAACUGCGUCAAAGUGGCACGGAACAAUUUGGAAAAUUAUUGCAAAAUAUGACCAUAGGCCAUCCAGAGAAGUAUCUAUAAAAUCGUGCUCGUUACGUUUGACGGUAGUGGCCGAUCGGAAGAUGUGAAUCUCUGAAUCUUAGAGUAAAAUAUAAACAUUAAACCAAA